AUGGAGGAUACACACUACACCGACCCGGAGAGGAAACCCUCAUUGGACUCCAUCAACAAAGACAACAUCUCCAUCACCCAAACCGGCAUCGUCACCACCAUCGACGCAAAAAAGGAAAGAGCAGUAGUCUGGAAACUCGACUUGCACCUCUUGCCUCUGUUGGCCAUCAUGUAUCUCUUCAACUCGCUCGACAAAUCCAACAUGGGCAAUGCCAAAACUGCUGGCCUGGCAAAGGACCUCCACCUCAAAGGUCUGCAGUACAACACCAUCUUGUCCAUCUUUUACGUGCCGUAUGUGCUCACUGCACCCUUUUUGGCGGCGUUGGGAAAAAAGUAUGGGCCGAGCAGAGUGUUGCCCUGUAUGAUGUUUGGCUUUGGGACCUGCACGUUGAUGGUUGUUGCGGUGCAAAACUUUGGCGGGCUGAUGGCGAUAAGGUGGUUUUUGGGCAUGUGUGAAUCUGCUUUCUUUCCUCUAGUCAUUUACUAUCAGACUAUGUUCUACCGUAGAGGCGAACUCGCCCGCAGACUGGCAAUCUUCUACGCCGCACAGUCAAUCGCCAGUGCAUUCUCUGGCCUUCUCUCCUUUGGUGUUUUCCAAAUCGAAGGCGGUGCUCUGAGACCAUGGCGCUACCUGUUCGUCCUCGAAGGAUCUGCCACUAUCAUUGUUUCCUGCUUUGCAUUCUGGUAUCUGCCUCUCAACGCUGCCACAGCACACUUCUUGACUCCCGAGCAAAGAGAGAUUGCUGUGCACAGAAUGCAAACAGACAGUUCAUCUGUGGUCAACGAAGAGUUCAAGCUGGGUAGAGCUUUGACAAUCUUCAAGCACCCUUCCACAUGGGCAUUCUUGAUCAUUGAGAUUUGUUUGGGUGUGCCGCUGCAGUCGGUGAACCUCUUCCUUCCGCAGAUUGUGCAGAGAUUGGGCUAUGGCACAAUCAAGACUAACCUCUACACUGUUGCCCCCAACAUCACCGGCGCAGUCAUGUUGCUCAUCCUCGGUUUCUCCUCCGAUCUCACUCGCUGGCGCUUCCCUUUCGUCGCUCUAGGAUUCUUCUUCACCUUCUGCGGGUUCGUCAUCUUCUCGGCCGUGGACAUCAAACACGACAUCAACGUCGCUUAUUUUUCAACGUUCUUAUUGUGUUGGGGCACAAGCGCACCUUCGGUAUUGCUGGAUGUAUGGUACUGCAACAACAUCGCCGAUGAAAACAAGCGCGCAGUACUCACCUCCAUCGCCGUACCCAUGGCAAACCUCAUGGGCGUGGUAUCGAGCAACAUCUUCCUCCCCAACGAGGCACCAAAAUACAUGACUGCGCUCGCGACAACCGCUGCCUUUGGUGGCACUGGCAUUGUAUUGACAUUGUUGCUUGGAGGAUGGAUGAUUUAUGAUAAUAGGAAGAGGGAUAGGGUGCAAGGUGUUCAUCUGAGGGCUAAGGAUGUGCCUACUGAGAGAUUGGGGGAUGGGCCUGCGAAUGAUGAGUUUAGAUGGUUUUACUAG